UGGCAAUGGCACGGUGUGGAGGUGGUGGUGGUGGUGGUGAUAGUAAGACCAGGUGUUUGUUGGUGAGGUUCUCUGGGUGUGCGAAGUCAGUGUUACUCAAGCACCUCCUCACACAACGUACUUCCCUCUUACUACCUCAGUCUUCAUACAGAUUUGCCAGUCAGUCACUGGUAGUGUGUCAACAAAUUACACAGAAGCAAAAUGAAACAGUCUAGAGUAUUACCAACAACAUUACUUUACCUGCAACUUCUGUUACCCUUGAGAAUACAUACAGGAGCCCAGGUGUUCCCUGUGCCGGGCACCGAAGACACUGCACACUGGCACCAUCUGGGUUGGUCAGACCUACAAGAUGCUAUACUUACUGCUUCAUCGAACAAUUGGAACAUUGCUAAAAAUGUGGUGUUCUUCCUUGGAGAUGGCAUGGGUGUUGUGGCAUCAACAGCAGCCAGAAUUUACAAAGAGCAAAAGCGUCACAGACGCUCAGGAGAAGAGGGAUACCUGGCAUGGGAACGCUUCCCACACACAGCACUUUUAAAAGUAUAUACACUGAAUGAGCAAAUCCCAGAUAGUGCAGCAACAGCCACAGCAUUCUUCACAGGCUCAAAGGCAAACCAAUAUACAUUAGGGCUAGAUAGCACUGUUUUCAAAAAUCAGUGUGUUAAAUCCCUGAAUCCCUGUAGGUGGCAAACAUCUAUACUGGACUGGGCACAGAAGGCAGGCAAGCAUACAGGAUUUGUGACAACGACACGAGUGACCCAUGCCACACCUGCUGCUCUAUAUGCCCAUUCUCCAAACCGUGACUGGGAAUGUGAUACAAAACUUGGAAAGCUUGGCCAUGGCUGCAGAGAUAUUGCUAAACAACUUGUUGAGAAUGCUCCAGGAAAAGAUGUCAAGGUAAUACUUGGAGGGGGACGAUUUCCAUUAGGGGCAUCAACUGGAAUACCCGAUAAACUCAACUGUGUACGUGGUGACCAUCGUAACCUAACACAUGAAUGGUUAAUGCACAAAAGGGCUUUUGGAUAUAAAGCUGAAUAUGUACAGAAUAAACAACACCUCAUGAGUAUUGAUACUGAUAAAACUGAUAAUUUAAUAGGACUGUUCUCUGACACCAACAUGGAUUAUGAAAUUGAUCGUGAUAAGGGGCCCUCAGGUCAGCCAAGUCUGGCUAACAUGACAUCUGUGGCAAUCAAGAUCCUCUCCAAAAACAGGCACAAGGGGUUCUUUCUAAUGGUCGAGGGUGGCAGGAUUGAUCAUGCUAUGCAUGAAACCCAACCUCUGCGUGCUUUUGAGGAAAUUGUAGCCUUUGAAGAUGCUCUUAAUACUGCUCUAUCAAUGGUGGAUCUAAGUGAAACCCUAGUCAUUGUCACAGCUGAUCACUCCCACGUUAUGACCAUUAAUGGUUAUGCCAAGAGAGGAAAUAACAUUCUAGGCAUAGGAAGCACACCAUCAGACAUUGAUAAUCUACCCUACACUACUCUUAUGUUUACUAAUGGCAUUGCUUAUAAUCAUUACUGGAAUGGUAGUAAGGUUACACGGCCUGAUGUCAGAAAAGAAAAUACUACACAACCUGGUUACCAGCCUCUUUCAGCCGUUCCUCUAGGCUAUGAAACCCAUGCUGGGGAGGAUGUUGCUGCCUAUGCAAUUGGACCAAUGUCGCACCUGCUCCAUAGGUUACAUGAGCAGAGCUAUAUAGCCCAUGUAAUGAGUUUUGCUGCAUGUAUUGGGCCCUACAAACUCAACUGUACACGACCAAAACAUCAUUAAUGAUUUUUUAACAUACUGUCCAUUUCCCACCUAGACAGGUGGCUCAAAGAAGAAGUCACUUUCACCACCACGUGUUCCUUAGCAACCAUGCUUUGGUCUAGGGACUACACCUGGAAUGUCAUGUUUGGAGACAGGAAGACUACCUCAACACUGGAAUGCAAUAGCUUGAUGUCCUCAGCGAGUAUUGUCUACGAGGAUGAAUUACUAAGUCAAAUUAUUUGAUUUAAGGUAUUUCUCAACAAAAAAGCAGAGAUAGUCCCUUAAGACAGCUACA